GGCUGUGUUUGGGCUUGAUACUUGAAGCAGAACUGCAGAAGUGCAAUGUAUCACAUUGUCAUUUUUGAGAAAACUAAUGAGGUGGAAGUGGUACCAUCAAAGUGGGUCAAUGGAGAGGAAUGUAUGUGGCCACCACACAAAGUAGAUGUCGUCAAGGCCACAAAAAGUCAACAACAACCUGGAGCAGGCUGGAAACCAUACAGAGUCCGAGUUAUAUUCACAUCAAAUGAUUACAAUGAGGCAAGGCUAAAGCUACCAAAAGCUGUUGAACACACUGACCUUGGGACAGAUGGGGAGGAUUCUCCAGUUAAACCCAAAAGGCGAAGAAUAGUCCACCAUAUGCCUGAACUGGAUCAGAGAAGCCGAGCAUCCCCUAGCCCGCACAAGAGAAGCUGUGCGUCCCCUAGCCCGCACAAGAGAAGCCGUGCGUCCCCGAGCCCGUACCAGAGAAGCUGUGCGUCCCCUAGCCCGCACAAGAGAAGCCGUGCGUCCCCGAGCCCGUACCAGAGAAGCCGUGCGUCCCCGAGCCCGUACCAGAGAAGCCGUGCGUCCCCGAGCCUGUACCAGAGAAGCCGUGCGUUUUCGAGCCCGCACCAGAGAAGCCGUGUGUUCUCGAGCCCGCACCAGAGAAGCCGUGCGUCCCCGAGCCCUCACCAGAGAAGCCGUGCGUCCCCGAGCCUGUACCAGAGAAGCCGUGCGUCCCCGAGCCCUCACCAGAGAAGCCGUGCGUCCCCGAGCCCUCACCAGAGAAGCCGUGCAUCCUCUAGCCCUGACCAGAGAAGCUGUGCAUCCUCUAGCCUGCACCAGAGAAGCCGUGCAUCCUCUAGCCCUUACCAGAGAAGCUGUGCGUCCCCGAGCCAUCACCAGAGAAGCCGUGCGUCCUCUAACCUGCACCAGAGAAGCCGUGCGUCUCCUAGCCCUGACCAGAGAAGCUGUGCAUCCUCUAGCCUGCAUCAGAGAAGCGUUUCAUCACCUGACCUGCACCAGACAAAGACUGUUUCUUCUGAGACACAUGAAAUGAUAAGGAGACCAAAAACCAGUCUUCAUACAUCACUCCUGCAAAAUAUUCUCACAAAUCAAGAGAUGAUGAUGGACCAAAUGAAAAUCAUCUUCACAAUUGUCCAGGGAUUGAAAUCUGUAACUGAAGAAGAGAUAGGUGUUGAAACAAAUCUGCUGCCAGUAGCUGAUCGCCAGUCUCUUGAAAACCUGGAGGAGCGGCUAAGAAAUAGCCCUGACCUCAAAAACCAACUGAGAAACAUGCUGGCCCUUAAAGGUGGGGGGGGCGUUAAAGAGUGUGUAAAGAGAGUCAUGGGUGCAACAUUAACACACUCUCUGGCGACGAAGAUCAACAUGCGAGGAAUAAAUGGGAAGAUUGGCUUCCAGCACCUGCACAUUAAAGAUGUUGUGAUUGCGGCUGUUCGACGUAAUCGUCUGACUUCUGAUGCCACGGACCAAGAAAUCGAGUCCAGGAUUACAAAAUGGCUUCAAAAUGCACCUGAUAGGAAUGGCGGAAGGAGCGAACGAAUGAGAAGAAAAGAGAAUGAGAGAAACUCUAAUGUGUGAUGCAUUUUUGACUCUUGAAAGUCUAUGCCAAGUUGUUUACAGAUGCUGCUGCUGUUUAAAAAAAAUGUGAAGAAAGGUCAAUGACAUUGUUGCAAUGCAUGAUGCAUUUUUGACUCUUGAAAGUCUAUACUGAGUUUUAGUGAUGUUUACAGAUGUUUAAUGCUGCUUUUUGAACUGUGAAGAAAGGACAGUGACAAUGUUCUAAUGCAUAAUAAUGCAUUUUU